CCAAGGCCGAUCAUUGUUGGGUCAAGAUCGGUCACCGUUGGGUCAAGAGGGGUCAUCGUUGGGUCAAAAAUGGACAUUGACCCAAGACCGGUCAUCGUUGGGUCAAGAGGGGUCAUCGUUGGGUCAAGACUGGACAUUGACCCAAGGCCGGUCAUCGUUGGGUCAGGACCGGACAUUGACCCAAGGCCAGUCAUCGUUGGGUCAAGAGGGGUCAUCGUUGGGUCAAGAUCGGUCAUCGUUGGGUCAAGACUGGACAUUGACCCAGGGCCAGUCAUCGUUGGGUCAACGUCGAUCAUUGUUGGUUCAAGACUUGAUAUUGACCCAACACCGGUCAUCGUUGAAUCAAGAUCGGUCAUCGUUGGGUCAAGAUCGGUCAUCGUUGGGUCAAGAGCGGUCAUCGUUGGGUCAAGACUUGAUAUUGACCCAACGUUGGUCAUCGUUGGGUCAAGACCGGACAUCGGCCCAGGACCGGUCAUUGUUGGGUCAACAUCAAUCAUCAUUGGGUCAAAACUGGACAUUGACCCAAGACCGGUCGCCAUUGGGUCAAGAGGGGUCAUUGUUGGGUCAGGACCGGACAUUGACCCAAGAGCGGUCAUCGUUGGGUCAAUGUCAGUCAUUGUUGGGUCAAGGGGGGUCAUCAUUGGGUCAAGAGUUGACAUUGACCCAAGGCCGGUCAUCGUUGGGUCAAGAUCGGUCAUCGUUGGGUCAAGAGGGGUCAUCGUUGGGUCAAGAGGGGUCAUCGUUGGGUCAAGACUUGACAUUGACCCAAGGUUGGUCAUCGUUGGGUCAAGAGCGAUCAUUGUUGGGUCAAAACUGGACAUUGACCCAAGACCGGUCAUCGUUGACUCAAGACCGGACAUUGACCCAAGACCGGUCAUCGUUGGGUCAUGACCGGUCAUCGUUGGCCCAAGAUUGGUCAUCGUUGACCCAAACGAGGUCACCGGCCAAAGGGACGGCGCCGUUGUCCCUUGAGAUGACCCCAUGGGGACGCGGCCGGACAUUGGCCCAAGAUGGGUCAGCGUUGGGUCAAGACCGGUCAUCGUUGGCCCAAGACUGGACAUUGACCCAGGACCGGUCAUCGUUGGCCCAAGAUUGGUCAUCGUUGGGUCAAGAAAGGUCAACGGCCCAAGGGACGUCGCCGUUGUCACUGGAGAUGACCCCAUGGGGACAAGGCCGGACAUUGAGCCCGGAGCGGUCAUCGAUGACCCCAGACUGGACAUUGAGCCAGGCCCGGUCAGUGCCGGCCCCGGAGCCGCCCCCGGUGCCCCCCAGGACGUCGCCGUUGUCACCGGCGGUGGCGCCUUGGGGACAAGGGACACUGAGGCCACCGGAAGUGACCCAGAGGCCACCGGAAGUGACCCCGAGGCCACAGGAAGUGACUCCAAAACCACAGGAAGUGACUCCGAGAUCACAGGAAGUGACCCCGAGGCCACAGGAAGUGACCCCGAGAUCACAGGAAGUGACUCCAAAUCCGCAGGAAGUGACCCAGAGGCCACAGGAAGUGAUCCCGGGACCACAGGAAGUGACCCUGGGGCCACAGGAAGUGACUCUGAAACCACAGGAAGUGACCCUGAGGCCACAGGAAGUGACCUCGAGAUCACAGGAAGUAACCCCAGUGACACCGGAAGUGAAUCCAAAUCCACAGGAAGUGAUCCUGAGACUCAAGGAAGUGACCCUGAGAUCACAGGAAGUGACUCUGGGGCCACAGGAAGUGACCCCGAGAUCACAGGAGGUGACCCCAGUGACGCCGGAAGUGACUCCAAAUCCACAGGAAGUGACCCCGAGGCCACAGGAAGUGACUCCAAAACCACAGGAAGUGACUCCAAAACAACAGGAAGUGACUCAGAGGCCACAGGAAGUGAUCCCGAGAUCACAGGAAGUGUCUCCAGGGCCACCAGAAGUGUCCCCAGGGCCACCGGAAGUGACCCCGAGACCACAGGAAGUGUCACCGAGGCCACCGGAAGUGAUCCCAAAGCCACAGGAAGUGACUCCAAAACCACAAGAUGUGACCCUGAGGCCACAGGAAGUGACCCCGAGAUCACAGGAAGUGACUCUGGGGCCACAGGAAGUGACCUCAAAGCCACCGGAAGUGUCCCUAGGGCCACCGGAAGUGACUCCAAAACCACCGGAAGUGACCCCGAGGCCACAGGAAGUGAACCCAGGGCCACCAGAGAUGUCCCCGAUGCCACCGGAAGUGACCCAAAGGACACCAGAGAUGUCCCCAAGGCCACCAGAAAUGCCACCAGGAGCUGGGGACCCCCUUGGGGACACCCCCAGGGACGCCCCGGGUGGCACCGCAGUGGAGGGGUCCCCAAAAAUGUCCCCAGUGUCCCCAAAGGGGUCCCCAAUGUCCCCAAACGGGUCCCAGAUGUCCCCAAAAAAGUCCCAAAUGUCCCCAAAAUUGUCCCCAAAGUCCUCAGAGGGGUCCCAAGUGUCCCCAAAGGGGUCCCCGACGUCCCAAAUGUCCCCAAAAUUGUCCCCAAUGUCCCCAGAGGGGUCCCC